UCACGUGCCUCACAGUUCGAGCAGUUCAUCUGGAGCUAGCACACAGUCUGUCAACGAAGUCUUGCGUAAUGGCGUUCAGGCGUUUUGUUAAUCGGCGAGGAGCUCCGCUGGAAGUAUUCUCGGACAACGGUACCAACUUUGUGGGAGCCAGUCGUCAGUUGUCAGAGGAGAUUCAGAGGAUUAGAACCAUCAACGAGGAUUGUGCGGCUACGUUUACUAACGCCCGUACGCAGUGGCACUUCAACGUUCCUGCAGCUCCGCACAUGGGAGGACCGUGGGAGCGGAUGGUGAAGUCUGUAAAAGUAGCAAUGGCAGCAAUAUCCGACAGUCCGCAUCAUCCGAGUGACGAGGUGUUCGAAACCAUAAUGCUGGAAGCAGAGGGGAUCGUUAACAGUCGUCCACUGACCUACGUUCCCUUAGAAGCAGCCGAUCUAGAAGCGCUCACUCCGAAUCACUUCUUGCUGUACGGUUCGAGCGGCAUAAAGCAGCCUACAGUCGAUCAGUCAGUCAGUCUUCGAGACAGCUGGUCAGUCGCUAGGAACAUCGUUGACGAAUUCUGGCGCAGAUGGGUGUUGGAGUAUUUGCCGAUGCUAACAAGGAGGACGAAGUGGUUUGAGAAAGUGAAGCCGUUGGAGCCUGGUGACUUAGUCGUGAUAAUAGAUGAGCAGACACGGAAUAGUUGGGAAAGAGGACGGAUUUUGGAGGUCUUUCCGGACAAAUCAGGCCAAGUUCGACGUGCAGUAGUACAGACAGCUCGAGGAGUCUUCGCCCGGCCAGCAGUGAAGUUAGCAGUCCUGGAUGUUGCUAGCAAUGACCAGAAGGCGGAUGGAGUCGCACCGGAAACGGAAGUGGUUCACGGGGCGGGGAAUGUUACCGGCAACACUGUUGACCGCGAAACGACGGUGAAACCACCGUCCGUUCCCUCGCAACUGAGCGGUUGUCACCGAGUGGACUGACAGUUCGGACAACAGCAGACAGAACAAAGACAGACAGAUUCAUUCAGAGUAUCCAUUGUACACAGUGAGAUAGCAUUUGAAGCGAAUAAGUUGUAAAUUAAGUGGAUUAUUUCGAGUAUUUACAUGAUAAAUUGUAUCAGUUUUGCGGCUACAGUCAGCACCGCACAAUAAGUGAAAAUUCCAGUCAGUCAAGGUACGUUUUGUAUAGAAUUGCUAAUCAUUGUCGAGUCUGUAUUAUAACCUGAAAUGAAUUCUGUAGAUUGUACCACGUUAUUCCCGGUUACCGACACACCAGAAAAGUGACCGAAAAAUACUGAAAUUGUAAGUAUUUACUAUUAACUGUUUACUGACAACCGACCAACCGACUGAAUUUGAUUAAAAAAAAUUACAGCUUUGUAGCUGCUAAGUUUGCAACUGAAAGAACGGUGUUUGUUCUGACGAUCGGGAA